AAAGAUCCUCUCUACAGAUCACUCUUGAAGGAAUCAACACACCCCCAAGAUCACUCACUAAUAGCACAAGAAGAGGAUUACAAACAAAGAUCUCUCAAAGAUCAAAAUCUCUAGUUAAAACACAAGUUUGUAGGCCAUUCUGUUUUCCUUGAGAGCCGGCUGCAAAACUUUGAGCCGGCUUUGCAACUCCGACCUUAAAUACGUUAAUAAUCUUCAAAUGACUCGACCGUUGUGCAUUAAAUGCACCCUCACAGCUGGCUAUAAAGUUGGAGCCGGCUUUACGUCUUUUCUCCGCGUGCGCCAAACAACGGUCUUCAAAUUUUUGCCUGUAGAGCCGGCUGCAGCUUUCAAAGCCAGCUCUCUGCACUUCCAUUUCACCAGAGCCGGCUGCACUUUACCAGAGCAGACUCCCUGCACAUCUUGAAUCCUUUUGGUCUAUUUUUAGUGCAAUCCAAGUUUACUUGCAAUCUUUUAGCAACUUAACUACACACUUGAAUAAAUCAAUUAGUCACUC